GGAGACAUUUAAAUUUUCUAAGAAGGUGGAUGUUACCAUCUAACUCAAGGAAAUAUUUUGACCUACAUUCCAGUGUUUAAAAAUUAAUUGUACAUGAAGCAAAGUUCAAUUUUAUGUCCAUACAGACACAUCUGGAGUCUAUUUCUACCAAGCCGAAUGCAAGAACCAAGAGAUUUUUAAAGGGAAGUUAAAAAUUAAAUGGGGAGACCGAGUCACAUGACCUGACUUGCAUAGUAAUUCAGGGUUAGAAAUAUUUCAUGUGACAUUUAACUUCUGAAGUGGUUGAUUAUUUAUCGCAGGGUCCAGAGUCCUUCAAAAAGGACUCCGGGGAGACCUCCGACCCGGCGAGGCGGCAUUCACACGCCCUCCCCCUGCAGGUGCCAAGGUGCCGGUGGGACCAACCGCGGCUCCUUCCUUUCUUCUCUCGUCCUAGAAGAGUGUCGCCCAGCUCACCUGGAGGAACUGUGAGAGUGACCGGCAGCCGACGCUUGGCAGACAGUGGCUCUGAGCCCUCGGACCCGACUCCUCCCAAUUCUCAGUCUCAGGGCAGGACUCCGCCAAGCCCCGUCCUCCCGGUGCUGCUGCAGUACCUGUGAGCCGGCGGACCCAAAGCCGAACGGGGCUCUCCGCAGGGGCCGAAAACCCAGAAGGGACGUGACGGGCGCAGUGGGAGCUAAAGCGGGAGAGCCUGGCAGAACCACCUCUUCCUUUCCGUUGGACACAGGACACAGGACACAGGACACAGGACAGACCUCUUGGGAAGAGGAGCAGGAGCCAGACCGCGCUGAGCAAUGGAUCACCAGUCUCCUUCCCGGAAAGCUCCGGGGCUCUGCUCCCUGCGCUACAGCCUGGCGCUCCUGCUGCACUUCUGCAACGUGGCCAUGAUCUCCCAGCGCUCGUGCCUCACCCUCACGAUAGUCUCCAUGGUGAACAGCUCGGCGCCGCAGGGUGUGCCCAACGCCUCCACCUCGGAGCACCUGGAUAGCAUAAAGAAUCCUGUGUAUAACUGGAGCCCCCAAACCCAGGGGAUCAUCUUGAGCGCCAUCAUAUACGGCAUGCCCUUCGCCCAGAUCCCCAUGGGCUACAUCUCCGGGUUGUACCCCAUAAAGACAGUGACCAGCCUGGGGCUGCUCCUGAGUUCCCUGUGCAACAUGCUUGUCCCGCUGGCCGCAGAACAGGGCGAGUCCCUCAUCAUCGCCUGCCGCGUUGUCCAGGGACUCAGCCAGGGGACAGUGAUGGUGGCUCAGUACACAGUGUGGAGCAAGUGGGCCCCUCCUUUGGAACGAAACCGACUUACCUCUGUGAGCGUAUCAGGAAACAUGCUGGGACCCUGCAUCUCUCUGUUUGCCACCGGCUUCAUCUCUCAGUCCCUGGGCUGGCCUGUGGUCUUCUAUAUAUUUGGCGCUGGUGGCUGCGCCCUCAGCCUGCUCUGGUUCCUCCUGUUUUACGAUGACCCAGCAGAGCACCCGUGGAUCAGCCUCAGCGAGAAGGAGUUCAUCACGUCCUCCAUUGUGCAGGUCAGCUCGGGCGGGAAGUCUGUGCCCACCAAGGCCAUCAUCAAGUCCCUUCCUGUCUGGGCCAUUUCCCUCUGUUGUUUUGCUUUUUCCUGGACAAACACUAUCAUGUUUAUGUACAUGCCAACAUUCCUCAGAGCCAAGCUUCUCAUCAAUACGAGGGAGGUCAGACGCCGAGCGGGGCGCUUGCUCACACCGCUUCCCCCUCAGAACGGAGUGCUGUCGGGUCUGCCCUACCUGCUGGGCUGGGUCUUCGGGAACCUGGCCGGGUGCUUGGCGGACUUCUUCCUGGCCAGGAAGAUUCUCAGCUUGAUCACCAUCCGGAAACUCUUCACCACUCUGGGCCUGCUCCUGCCCUCCCUCUUCUCUGUGAGCCUGCUCCACCCCGGCGCCAGCCACCUCAGCACUGUCGCCUGCCUGAUGCUCGCGAGUGCCACGCCCAGCUUCUGCACGGCCGGCAUGCUCAUCAAUCCCCUGGACAUCGCUCCCAGCUCUAAUAAGGGUGACCAAUGGAAGCAGCCUGCUACCUGCCCAGCCCAGGGAGGAUGGCACACAUUUGCUUUAUGGGACUGUCAUGCCUGAGAGAACACAGAUCCCACAGGAGUAGAAUCCUCCCAAGUUUGGUAGGGCGUGGCCCUGGGUAGAGAGGCAAAGUCAGCCGAGAAUAAUCCACGUUGUCCCAAUGCUAUAAUCUCGCUAUCAGAUCUACUCAAGGUGAGCGCCAGGGGAACAGGCCAGGUAUCUGAUUUACUCAGUUCCGAGACCCUCCUCCAAAAUGCCUGCAGGUGUUCUGGUUACUUGGAAUUGUAUGAAGACAUAAAAGGAUUAUUUGACAGAGAAGGCACAAGCCACCGGAGUGAUACGCAUUGUUAAACACGGGUACACUGAGAAUGUAGACACAAAUAGAUAAAGGAAGUUACAAGGAGCUACCAUUUACGGAGUAUUUUUUGUCUCGCCCCAUGAGAGAGCAGGGAAGCGAACUGACCUAACAUCACCUGGUUAGUAACGGGUCCAGGGCUCACCCCGAGACGUGCCCGCCUGCUGUAGACCCGGCCUCCUUGGUGUCACUGGCUAGUGGGGCAUGAACUGUCAGCCAGCAAUGGCUCGGGUAACACAGGACCCGGCCGGAGACGCAUUGCUCCCAGGGCUCAGGUUCCGCGACAGCCAGGCCAUUGCAGAGGUGGCAGGAACACAUUUGCUCACACAGGUCUGGAAAAAAAUUCCGAUUCCCCUAAACUAGUGCACCCUCAGUCUCUAAGGCAUGUGUGUGUUAGUUACACCACAACAACCCACAUUUGUAUUGGUUAAGCUACUUUUUACUAAUGGAUGGAGACAAAACUUACUUAAGCAAGAACGUGGCUGAUUGCACACCUCCCUUGACCAUCACGAGGAUCCCCCGUCGGGUGAGUGGCUAAACUGGCUAAACGCACCUCCUGGGGACCUGUGGCCUGGGUCAGGAUGAAGAAUGAAGAGGAGGGCAGGGCACCGUCUGAUAGGGCGGAGAGGACAGGGAGAAGCUCUGGAGGGGAGCGGAGGAGACGGCCGGUGUGGUUCGCUGAGGACACUGCUGGGGAAAUGGACCAAGUGCGGGAGAGAAGGUCUGGGGGCAGAGCGGCUGGAGGUGGCAGCCGGAAAGCAGAGUAUGGAAGGGGCUUCGUGAUGCUGCCGGAAGCCCCUGGCCUCCCUCUCACAGUCUCACAGGGAGGCUCCCAAGGAGAUCUGAGCAACUGUUCAUUGUUUCUGGCUCCGCCGUGUAGCAUCCACACAACGCGAGCAACAAAUGGUCGGAAACUUUUAGUUUAAGAUGGAACUUUAUUGGCCAAAGCUUUACCUGCGCAGGGGCGAACUCUCGAGGUGUCCGGAGACACGGUGCCCAGAGGGCUGCAAAUGAGAGUCGCGCCUGGCGCUUACAGCCUGGGGUUUUUAUUGGGGUGAGCAAGCAAGCAAAUACAGAAGCAGAUGCAGCCGUUAGCGAUUGGCUAUCUCGAGGGAAUACACAUGGCUAUGCUUCUCUGCUUGCAGCAGUGGAUACUUUUCUGCAAAGACAAGGUCACGCACAGGCAGUUAUCUUGUUUGUUCAGCACUCUUUGUACUUUCUGUACUUUCUAUCUUUCUUGCUGAGUCAGACUGGAGCCUGCCUCGAGUUCCUUGUUCCUCUUGGCUACUUUCAUCUAAUUCCGGGCCUACCAGCCGGACUGAAUGUCGUUCAAGCAGCAGAGCCUUCUUCAGGUCCGGCUGAACUGGGCCACACCAUGACGUCACAGCAGCAAACCCGAUGGGCUGCCUAGGUGGCUGGGUACGUUCCAGCCACUGGUCCCGCGGGCUGAUGCGGCGGGCAGUGAGCAGCUUUAGAGCCGACCGUCACCCAGGAAAUGCUCCUGCGUGGGUAUGGGCUGUCCAUAUCCCCACGUCAAACACCUGCUGCCCGGGGUCCUGAGGGAGGGGUGGGGGACAGGAAGGCUCUCACCUUGUCUCUCCCAGGCUAGUGGUUUUCAGAGGAGCCAGCGUGACCCUCAUGUCCAACCCUGGGCACGAGGGCAGGUGUUGGCCUCUCUGACUGGGGAGGGAGAGAGCCCGUCUCUCCACGCAAACAGGCCAGACCCCGGGCCGCAGCCACCGCAGACAACUCCUGACUUGGAGGGAGCACCUCAUCAUCAAAGACGUCACAGUUACAGAGCACACGACAGGGUGGGCGCAGAGAGCACCACCACUCCGCUCUCCUAAGGAAGCUGCUACGAGCGGGG